AUCCAUCCAGCCCUCCCGGCCCCGCCCAUCUCGCCAAAAUCGCGCGCCGCUUCCCCUCCUUUUCCCCCAAACCCGCGACCCCCUCUCCUCUUCCCCCUCGCGCGACGACUCUUCCGAAGCACACCCCCGCCGCCGCCCGCCUCCUCCUCCUCCUCCUCCUCCCCUCCAUCCCCCCCAACAUCCGGUGGUGACUCCGACGAGGAAGCGCCCCAAGAAGCGAGGUGAGGUCGGAGGGAGGGAGGGAGGAAGCAGGGAUCGGCUCGCUCGCUCGCUCGCUUCCGCCCCCAACCUUAAACCCUAGGGCCCCCGCACUUCACCUGCUCAUCGGCUCGAAUCUUGCCGCGCUCGGGUGUGGGGACCGGGAAGAUCCGGGUCUUCUCUUUUCGGGGGAUUGGAGAUGUCUUCGGACAUCAGGAAAUGGUUCAUGAAGGCGCAGGACAAGAAUGGUGGCGCAGCGAAGCCGGCUGGGACGACGGCGUUGGCGAAGAAGCCCGUGCUCAGCAUUCCGGAGAAGCCGUCGGCGGCGCCAUCUAUGGCGGCUUGUGAUCAAGAUUGUUCAGCUAGAAGGAAGACUAGCAAGUACUUUGCAUCCAAAACAGAAAAGGAGGAAGACACCAGUGCAGGAAAAGGUACCGGGAGAGGUUUGCCUAAAAGAAAACUUCAGAAAGUCAGUGAUGAGCUUGAGGAUGACAUGAAGCCUUUGCCAGCAAAGGAAGUCCAUAAAGAAGAAGAAGAUGAUGAUGACGACGACUUUGUGGCACCUUCAAAAAGGAAAACUCCGGUGAAGCCACCACCAUCAAAGAAGUUGAAGGGUGCAUCUACUGCUGAAGCUCAUGGAAAGACUGGUCUUGAUGAUGAUAACGAGGACAAGAUGGAUGAAGACGCUAAGACCCCUUCCAAGGCAUCUGGAAGUGGAAGGGGAAGGGGAAGGGGGAGAGGGAGGGGAGGAAGAGGAGCAGGAGCAGCCCAUGGAAAGACAAUUGGUCUUGAUGACGACGGUGAGGAGGAUAAGAUGGAUGAAGAUGCCAAGACCCCUUCCAAAGCAGCUGGAAGGGGAAGGGGAGGAGCCUCUGGGGGAAGAGGGAGAGGAGGGGGUGGGAGAGGCUUCAUGAACUUUGGUGAAAGGAAGGAUCCUCCUCACAAAGGGGAGAAGGAAGUCCCGGAGGGUGCCCCUGACUGUUUAACUGGUUUGACAUUUGUCAUAAGUGGCACUCUUGACAGUCUUGAACGUGAGGAGGCAACUGAUCUAAUCAAGCGUUAUGGAGGCCGUGUGACCGGCUCUAUUAGCAAAAAGACGAAUUACCUAUUGGCUGAUGAAGACGUUGGUGGAGUGAAAUCAAAUAAAGCGAAAGAACUGGGCGUCCCAUUCCUAACUGAAGAUGGUUUAUUUGAUAUGAUUCGGAAAUCAAAGCCUGCAAAGGCUACUGUGGCAAAACAUCAAAGCGACAAAAAUUCAGAAAAGCAGCAAAAAUCACCAAUGAAGAGUUCUCCAGUUAAAGUUGAAAGAAGAGAUGGUAAUCAAAUUACCACAGGCAAAAAUAUUUCACCAAAGAGUAAUAAAGGAAGUGCCUCCAUUGACAACCAAAAGGUCAACAUUGUUGACCGUGGUUCUUUGCAAUGGACUGAAAAGUAUCGGCCCAAAGUUCCAAAUGACAUAGUUGGGAACCAAUCAAUGGUUAAACAGCUUCAUGAUUGGUUGAGAAGUUGGGAGGACCAAUUCCUUCAUUCUGGCCAGAAGGGUAAGGGAAAGAAGCAGGCUGAUAGUGGAGCUAAAAAGGCUGUGUUGUUGAGUGGACCUCCAGGUAUUGGUAAGACCACAACUGCUAAAGUUGUCAGUCAGAUGCUUGGAUUGCAGGCUAUUGAGGUUAAUGCAAGUGAUAGCCGUGGUAAGGCAGACUCUAAGAUUGAGAAAGGUGUUGGGGGCAGUACAUCAAAUUCUAUCAAAGAGCUUAUUAGUAAUGCAACUCUGAAUUAUAGUAACAACCGAUUAAAACGACCCAAGGCUGUACUAGUCAUGGAUGAAGUUGAUGGUAUGUCUGCUGGAGAUCGUGGUGGUGUUGCUGAUCUUAUUGCUAGCAUUAAGAUGUCCAAGAUUCCUAUAAUUUGCAUUUGCAAUGACCGUUAUAGCCAGAAAUUGAAGAGCCUUGUAAAUUACUGCUUGCUACUCAACUUCAGAAAACCAACCAAGCAACAGAUGGGUAAGAGGUUGAUGGAAAUUGCCAAGAAGGAAGGUCUUCAAGCUCAAGAGAAUGCAAUGGAAGAACUUGCAGAAAGAGUACACGGGGAUAUUCGCAUGGCUCUUAACCAUUUGCAAUAUAUGAGCCUCUCCCAGUCCGUGGUCAAAUAUGAUGAUAUAAGACAGCGACUUAAUAGUAGCACAAAAGAUGAAGAUAUUUCCCCCUUCACGGCUGUUGACAAGCUGUUUGGUUUUAAUGGUGGGAGACUACGGAUGGAUGAGAGAAUUGAUUUGAGCAUGAGCGAUCCUGAUUUAGUCCCUCUGAUUAUCCAGGAAAACUAUAUCAAUUAUCGGCCUAUCACUGUUGGGAAGGAUGACAGUGGAGUUAAAAGAAUGAAUUUUCUUGCUCGUGCUGCUGAAUCUAUAGCGGACGCUGAUAUUGUUAAUGUACAAAUAAGAAGAUAUCGACAGUGGCAAUUGUCCCAAGCUGCUUGUUUGUCUUCAUCUAUAGUUCCUGCUGCUUUGAUGCAUGGGAAUAGAGAGAUCCUUGAAGCAGGUGAGCGAAACUUCAAUAGGUUUGGUGGAUGGUUGGGAAAGUACUCGACCACAAAUAAAAACAUAAGGCUACUGGAAGAUGCCCAUAGUCAUAUUCUUGCCUCCCAGCAAGCAAAUUUGGACAGGGAGUCAUUGAGGCUGGAUUACCUCACUCUUCUCUUGAGACAAUUGACUGAUCCACUGAAGACAAUGCCCAAGGAUGAAGCUGUGCAAAAAGUGGUGGAGUUUAUGGAUACCUACUCUUUAAGCCAGGAAGACUUUGACACAAUUGUUGAAUUAUCAAAAUUUAAGGGUCAUCCAAAUCCUAUGGAUGGUAUUCAACCAGCUGUUAAAAGUGCCUUAACAAAAGCAUACAAACAAGGAAGUAGUUCUCGUGUUGUUCGAGCAGCAGAUCUAGUAAAUAUCCCAGGCAUGAAAAAGCCAUUAAAGAAACGAGUGGCAGCAAUCCUUGAGCCAGUGGGAGAGAGUUUGCCUGAAGAAAAUGGAGUAGCGUCAUCUGAAGGCGAUGAAGAGGAUUCCUCUGAUGCUGAAAAUAAUGAUGAACUGGUGCCUGGUGACACAAAACCAAAACUGGACCUGCAGAGUGAUAAGAAGAAAGGGAUCCAAGUGCAGCUCGACCUGAAGAGCAAUGGCAAUGGCUUGAACUCGAAGAAGAUGCCGGCUGGUAGAUCAAAAGCUUCUGGCUCUGCUGGGAAGGCUGCUGGAGGCUCAGGUGGGAAGAGGAAGAGGUAAACGUCCGCCGGCCGCCGUCAUUUAGUCGGUGGUGAAUCUACAUGAACAUCCUCUGAUAUUCUGGGGCAGAAUGCGGUUCAAAUUUUCUUGCUUGUACAUAAGUCCCAAUCAUCUUUGUAGGCAGUAGUAGGCAAUUGGUAUCUGCUCCAGAUAUUUUGUUUCCUCCCACUUGUAUGAGCUUCAUUUCGCUCUACUGGCAUUUGGCCAGUUUUCAGCUUUGCAAGACAACGUCCAUUAUUGUUGACUUCCGUUCAAUGAAAUUGUGUCAUGUUUGUUGUCCUUUUGAUA